CCGUUUUAAGUGUUGGUAUUUGAUUUGAAGAGUGGUGGAAGGAGGGAGGAAGAAGAAUAGACAGACAUAGCAUAGAGAGAAGAGAAGUGAAGCUAUGAAUGCUCCAGAUCGUUAUGAGCGUUUCGUCGUACCUGAAGGCACCAAAAAGGUCUCUUACGAGAGGGACACCAAGAUCAUCAAUGCCGCCUCCUUCACCAUCGAGCGAGAGGAACACACUAUCGGCAACAUCCUGCGCAUGCAACUCCACAGAGACCCCAACGUGUUAUUUGCUGGAUACAAGCUUCCCCACCCUCUUCAGUAUAAGAUCAUUGUCAGGAUACAUACUACAAGCCAGUCUUCGCCAAUGCAGGCAUAUAACCAGUCUAUUAAUGAUCUGGACAGGGAACUUGAUCAUCUGAAGAAUGCCUUUGAGGCAGAGAUGUUGAAGUUUUCCAGGGACUAUUGAUUGGAUGGUGUCACGUUAAAUGCCCUGGCAGAUAUUUUUGAAAUAGUGAAUCACUUCUGCCAAAUGGAAUUUAAAUGGGAUGUUUUGGGCAUUUUGGGAGAUUUGUUAAAUAUGGUUCUGUUGAAGAAAUUUUAACAUUUGUAAACAGUUACUUUAUGACAAUUAUGUCGGCAAUUGUUAGUAAAUAGCUGUAUGUAUGGAUGAUAUAAAUUACUGAGGACUUUUCGUGAGGAUUAAUCAA